CCUUCCCUUUAGUCCAUUUUCACUAUUGAUUCUUGCUGGGUUUGCGAUGGACUACUAUUUUGGAAGCCCUAUUGCUCCUAGCCCUAAUUACUCACAAUUCUCUGCACCAGCAAAUUCAUCCUCAUCCGAUCAGUUCAUUUCGGAUUAUUUGGUACUGGAUAAUGGUUUUGGGCAUCAAGAAUCCUGGUCACGCAGUACAGAAUCAUCGGAGAAGGCAACUAGCGAUGCCAGUGGAUUUAGUGGCGCUGCUGACGCUACCUCUUCUAAGAAUAAUAACAUAAAAUGCAAAAACAAUAUCGAAGGAAACAAGAGAGAGAUGAACCGAAGGAUCGCGUUCAGAACCAGAUCGGAGCUUGAGAUUAUGGAUGACGGGUACAAAUGGAGGAAGUACGGAAAGAAAUCAGUGAAGAACAGUCCGAAUCCAAGGAACUACUACAAGUGUUCCUAUGGAGGAUGCGGCGUGAAGAAGAGGGUGGAAAGGGACAGGGAGGACUCGAGUUACGUGAUAACGAGUUACGAAGGAGUGCACAACCACGAGACGCCGUGUGCCACCUAUUACUCCUCUUUCGUCCACCAUCCUAAUCCUUUGCCCUUUCACUCAGCAAACUCUUCCUCUUCCUAGCUGGCUUGCUACUAUCAUUCCGCAUAUAUAUUGUGAUUCCUAUCCUCCUUGUACACUAGUGUAAGGAUUAAUGAGCCCAAACUCUAAUUAUUGAUUAACCAUCCAAAACACCGUCUGGAACCUAUCUAAUCAUUUUUCCAUGUAGUGCACUCUGGACUAUUUUGAUUAUGCGUGAAAUAUAUAAAUCCAUACCCACA